AUGUCGCAUUGGCGCUAUGAGCUAUGCAUUACGUAUCCGUAUUAUGCAUCACUCAGCGGCGCCUGCACGUGGGAGGGCUAUGGACUACGCAUUACGUAUCCGUAUUAUCGCCGAAAGCCCGCCGGAGAGGGCUAUGUACUACGCAUUACGUAUCCGUACUAUGUAUCAAGCGCCGAAAGGCCCGCCGGAGAGGGCUAUGGACUACGCAUUACGUAUCCGUACUAUGUAUCAAUGCGCCGAAAGCCCGCCGGAGAGGGCUAUGGACUACGCAUUACGUAUCCGUACUAUCGCCGAAAGCCCGCCGGAGAGGGCUAUGUACUACGCAUUACGUAUCCGUACUAUCGCCGAAAGCCCGCCGGAGAGGGCUAUGGACUACGCAUUACGUAUCCGUACUAUGUAUCAAGCGCCGAAAGCCCGCCGGAGAGGGCUAUGGACUACGCAUUACGCCAAAAGCAGCAAGAGGCCCGAGCAAGAGGCCCGAGCGUGUGCUAG